UAAUAGGUCUGAAUGGCGCCUGUAAUGGCUCUUAGUGACGCGCGCUUCGCGCCAAACCCCUCCCGGUGGCACGGCGCGCUCCUCGCUGGACAGCCCAGUGUCCCUCAGUCACUGCUAACAGUCAUACAAUGAUUCUGCGCCGCUAGGGGACCGUGCGCCUUUCUCCUCAGUUCAGGGAGGGGACACCAGCGGAGACCGAAGGAUCCUUUGGAGAGCUCCAGUCCCCUGGAGACGCGAUGGAGACCUCCAGCAGAGUGCCGAGCACCGCCGCGCUCACGCAACUUCUGAACUUCACAGAGGAUCGCGUCAGCUUCUCGGAAAGUCCUUCCAUGGCAGGUUUGCGCGCCACAGAAGAGCCGCUUUCACUUGUGCUCAGCAGAUUCAGGACUGAUGUGGCUCCAGCGGGGCUUCUGGCAGGUCCGUUCUCGCCCUCUGAAGAGCCCACUCACCUCAUUGUGGCUUUCUGGGAUUCACCAUUGAGUCACGGGAUUAACGUGUUUGUUGGCUUUGUCCUGUGCUUCACCAUGCUGGGGCUUGGGUGCACGGUGGAGCUCAGUCAGCUCAGUCAGCACAUCCGAAAGCCCAUAGGAGUCCUACUGGCGGUGGUGUGCCAGUUUGUCCUCAUGCCCCUAAUCGCCUUCCUCCUGGCUCUGGCCUUCUCCCUCAACGAUGUGGCCGCUAUGGCUGUGCUGCUGUGCGGCUGUUGCCCUGGAGGAAACCUCUCCAACAUCAUGACACUGCUCGCCAACGGAGAGAUGAAUCUCAGCAUCAUCAUGACAAUCUCCUCCACUAUUCUGGCGCUCGUGCUCAUGCCGCUGUGUCUGUGGAUGUACAGUCGCGCGUGGAUCAACACACCCGUUGUGAACCUUCUGCCCUUCGGCCCGAUCAUCCUCACCCUCUGCAGCACCCUCAUUCCCAUCGGAUUCGGGGUCUGGCUUAGAUAUCGCUAUACUCGCGCGGCUGAAAUCAUCAUCAAGGUGUCUCUGUGGUCUCUCCUGGUCACUCUGCUGAUGCUCUUCAUCAUGACUGGAACUAUGCUAGGCCCAGAGUUGCUGGCCACCAUCCCUGCCUCCGUCUACCUGGUGGCCGUACUCAUGCCCAUGGCCGGCUACGCGGCAGGAUACGGCCUGGCGACGCUCUUCGAUCUCCCCCACAACAGUCGGAGGACUGUGUCUUUAGAGACCGGCUGUCAGAACGUGCAGCUCUGCACGGCCAUCCUGAAGCUGGCGUUCCCUCCGCAGCUGAUGGGAGGCAUGUACAUGUUUCCUCUGCUGUACGCGCUCUUCCAGGCAGCAGAGGCCGGUGUCUUCGUUCUGGUUUACCGCAUGUACAGGAAAGAGGUAUUACAUAAACAGGACCUCAUGAAGGAUGACGACGAUGAUACAAACAUAUCCUACAAGAGAAUGAAGGAAGAAGAUGUGGCGUUUGAUUCUACGUACGGUGCGGUAACAGUGAGCGACCCCAAUGUCAUCGUGUUGGAGUCUCAGGAUGGUGCUGGAAGCCCUACGCCUGUAUAAGGGAACAAAAACAACUGACUUGAGACUUACUAAAGACACUGGACCUGUGUAUUUACAUUAGGAUUUAUUCAUGCCAUCACUCACUGUUGAAUUUCUUACUAAUCACACAGCAUUAUAACUAAUACGUGCCAAAAAUGAUUGCAAGACUGUGAAAAUGGAAACUAAUAUCAUCACACAGUGGCCAUACUAAAGUCGAAUAUCCAAGCCAAUGUUAAAUCUUUAUCUAAACAUACUUGCCAUUCAGUGGAGUUUUUCUAAAAUUAGCAUAAAAUAUAUUUAAAAUAUCACAUAUAAGAUAAAUAGAAUUAUACAUAUAGAGAGGGAGCAAGACAUAUUUUAUAUAUUUUUUAUUAUAGAAUAUAUAUAGACCACAUAAAAUAUAGUUAAUUUGAUCAUACAUUUAUUAAUUCUUCCCUUCUGUCAUUCAUGAAUUCAUCCAAAUAAUGUAAUAGUGAAAGCCAUUUUUAGUAUGCAAAUUACACACCAUUAAUAUAGAUCGAUGCUGCUGUUUGUAAAUGAAUCAGCGCUAUUACCUCAGUAAAUGGAUUACGUUGGCUGAUUUGAUUAUGUGGACCAAGAGGAUGAGAAGAAUGACUCACAUCGCACGUGGUACGUAUGCUGGCUUUAUAUUGCACAUCACCCACUGUCAGUCUGCUUCUGUUUCCUAAACUGAAAAAAAAAAAACGUUUUCCAAGUUUACUGCUUUAAAAAGUGAAAAUUUGCAGGAGUACCAUUGCUUGACAUGACAAAUACCAAAGGCUACAACAAUGUCAGUGUGAGAUCAUAACAAAUGUGAUUUUGAAAACAGAAUAAAUGCCUAUGGCAAUAAAAACAGACUUUAUGUAAAAUAAGGAUUAUUCUGGACAAGAAGUGAUCUCGCGAUAGUUUCCAUCUGAUCAUAUCUGAAUAUGCAAUCCAUAUCUGUAUUUGAAAUGAAAAUAUUGUACAUGUUUGUCAGAAUAUGUGAAAAUGUCUGCAAGAUGAAUAAAUGUUUACGUCAAGCAUGUAAUAUUAUAUCUUUU